AUGCCGACCAAAUCGAAGUCAAAGAAGCCGCGUCGGAUUCCCGUGCGCACCUCGAGCUGCGAGUGGCCAAACGAUCUGCCGCCGCUCGAGUAUGGCGCUGAAGUCGAAGCUGAGGUGGCCUCAUCGUCUUCUCUUUCUGCGAGAGCGCUGGCGGCCGAAAAGUCGCUGGAGAGGGCGACUUCGGCGCAAGAGUGGCCGAGGGAUGUCUGGAGCACCGACAAUCUCGAUGUCGACAGCAAGGGAAAAGGGAAGCACGUGCCAUGUAGCACGGUGUCGCAAGGCCUAUCCUUACACACUACGAAGGAUGAUGGGUCUGAAGGGUCGGACUCAGUGAAAACCGAGGCCAGCCAACGCACGGCAGAAGGCGCAGCAACGUUGACACCAAAAGGAUGUGAGGGCGAGCAGACACCCGUAUAUGCGAGGAGCCCACCGAAAGGUGAAACGUCGACUUUAACCGAUGCUUCUGUGGUUGGCCGCGAGCUGAAGGAGCGAUCAAGAAGAAGGUCAGAUGGGGGUUUGGGGUUGGUUGGCGUCGAGGAGGCACUUGGCCGCGAGGGAAUGCGAGAAGGGGCACCGCGCGCCCUUCAGAACGGUGACGAAGAUGAACGCGAAGCGACGCUCGGCUCGGCGACGGAGAUCAGUCGAACACCGUCUCAAUCGACGACCGGCACCACCGACUCGAGCAACAUCGACAGUCUCGACACAGCCGCCAGCUCACUCCGGUCGUCUACCUCUGCAGCGCUGCACGAGGUUAAGGCGCCCCGACGCACUUCUCCUGAGCCCUCAACCGAGUCCUCGACGGUGACACUGACCACUGAAGUUGCCUUAGAGGACGACGAUGAUGAAGACAAGACGGAGGAGAUGCAUGAAGCCGCUGUCGAUGAUAAUAAGAAGCUGUCACACCUCCGACGCUAUCACGCGCUGAUGGAGCUUGUCGAGACCGAAAACGGCUAUGCAGAAGAUCUGGCGACGCUCGUCAACGUCUUCUUCGCCAACCUCACAUCUCAACCUUUCUUCAUCGAGGACCCUUCGAGGGUGGAGGGUGUGGUGCGCAACACGGGCGAGCUACUUGACCUCCACUCUAAGCUGGCGAGGCAGCUCAAUCGCAUCGUCCACGACUGCGGCCUCAGCGCAGAAUGCGCAGGUAGCGAUGUGGAAAAAGCGGCAGACAGAUCCGAAGCCGCCGUCAAGAGGAUCGCGCAGCGGCUGCAGAGACUCGCGAGUCGAUUUGAUGUGUACAAGCACUUUUGUGCGAGGCACGCCGAGGCUCUCGUCCUGAUCAGAGAGGCCGAGAAGCGACACAAUGGUGACGAUUUUGCCACAUUCGAGCGCAUGUGCGGCAACAUUGUCCGAGGCGGUGUGUUCACUUCACCAACGGGCAGUAUGAGCAGCCGGCCCAAUUCCGGACCGUCUUCUCCCAACCCUCAGGCUCUAGCUAGUGACGUGUCCUCGUUUACUUCCUCCGCCAAUUCGUCCCCUUCUUUGCAUGACGAUGCACCGCCUGCCUUUGCUCGACAGCAAACAACUGGUCGCCUUCACUUUGCCGAUUAUCUGAUCAAACCAAUUCAGCGCCUCUGUCUCUACCCUCUGGUCCUCAAUUCGCUCCUCAAGUACACGUCUACAGACGAGCUGGCGACGAGGCAUGCAAUCGAAGCAGCCGCGGUCGCAAUGAAAAAGGUGGCCGACAGUGUCGACGAUGCGAGCAAGCAGCGGCAGCGUGAGAUUGUCUCGGAGCUUAUUUCGACCAGAGUCGAGCCUCAACAGUCGAUCACGCAAACAUUCCUGCGAUCCCUCGGCAUCCCAGAUCUUGCAGGCACCGUUGAUGUUCUGCACCACAAUGAGUCGAUCAGACCACUUUUGAGCCCACUGCGCUUUGAGCAUCGAGGGAUCGUGCUCUGGUCUGGCUGGCUCCUUAUCGUCAAAGUCCGCAAAACGCAGCAGCUCGAGCCGCGGUUUUGGUUUCCUCUGGCCGGCGUCAAGGUGUCCCACUCAGAGGACCCUGAUGCACCGUUUUCCUGGCCUACUUCCGCACCAAAUGCAGCUGGUCACCAACCUAUCGUUCGACACGCCUUGAGGCUGACGUACGGCAAGAUGCAUCAUUUCGAGCUCUCGUUCUCUACGGCAAAGGAGCUCGCUCUUUGGUCUCGAGAAUUGACUAAGGCGAAGCAGGCAAGGACGACUGAUCAAGGGCUGGACUAUCCAACUAAUCUGACCGAUUUUGAUGACGGCCGUCAGGUGGCAAUUCGGCGCGCUCUCGAGCGCGGAGCAUCACCUGAGCACAGAGCCUCGCUCGCUCUGGAAGCUGUGGUUCCUGAGGCCGACGAUGCACUGACAGCCUUUUUCGCUACGCAUGCCAGCGCGUAUACGAAUGUUGAGUCACUCGUCAAGCUCUGGACCUCAUCGGCAAAGGCCCAGACGAACCGCAACAUGGUCUUCACCGAUACCGUCCUCGGCGCUGUGCAGGGCGAGAGCGCCAGCCAAGGUGAAGGAAUGGGGCCCUUGCUUUUGACAAGGGACCUCAGCGAGCAAGUCAUUGCGCAGCAGCUGCGGCAAUCGACAGGAGCAGCUACGCCUUCGUUUGCGGGUCCGAAGGCAGAGCAGCAGUUUGAUGCUCAACACGGCCGCUCUGCCUUUGUCGACAGCGACAGAGGUCGUAGAUUCGCCGACAGACACGUCAUCGCCCGAGCCUAUGGGCACCACGAGUCGACGCGACUCUGGUUCCUCUACCUGGAAGACUUCGAUGUUGCGCAUUGGAACCCCGAAGAUGCGGCCGCUAUCGACUUACAUUCCUGCGAAUGGUGCUGGCGCUCAACGAUCUCUGCCGGUCUCGCCCAUUAG